AUGACCUUCCUUUCCAAGAUGAAUCCCUUCACGGCCUCUCUCUGGCUUACUCUUCUUGUCCCUGCCGUCACCGUCUCUGCACAUGGCCACGUUAACGAGAUCAUCGUCAACGGCGUGGCCUACCAGGGUUACGGCAGCACUGACUUUCCCUACAUGGAGAACCCUCCUGUGGUUGCUGGCUGGACUAUCUCCCAGAAAGACAACGGCUUCGUUUCUCCUGACCAGUAUAGUGAGCCUGACAUCAUUUGCCAUCGCGAUGCCACUCCAGCCAAGGGACACGUCGAGGUUGAAGCGGGAGAUACUCUCACUCUUCGGUGGUCAGGCUGGCCUGAAAACCACAGCGGCCCCAUCUUGAACUACCUCGCCAACUGCAACGGUCCGUGUGAGAGCGUUGACAAGACUGAGCUCGAAUUUUUCAAGAUCGACGGGCUGGGUCUUCUCGAACAGGGGACUCCUGGCAAGUACGCAGACAGUGUCCUCCAAGACAACGGAGAUAGCUGGAAUGUUCGAAUUCCAGAGAACAUCGCCUCUGGAAAUUAUGUUCUUCGACACGAGAUCAUUGCUCUGCACAAUGCUCUCGAGCAAGGUGGUGCUCAAAAUUAUCCUCAGUGCUUCAACCUGAAGAUUACUGGCGAUGGCUCUGACACUCCUGCUGGAUAUCUCGGUACAGAGCUCUACGACGCCGAAGAUCCUGGAAUUCUUGUCAAUAUCUACACUAGCUCUGUUGACUAUGAGGUUCCUGGUCCAACCAUCGUUGAAGGAGGCGUAUCAUCGGUAGAUCAGGAGCCUUCCCAGGCCACGACAACCGCAAAAUGCACUACUCGAUACUAG